GAAAUUCUGUAAAGUAUUUAUUUUAAAGUUUCGCGGUUAUGCCCUCAGUUUCUCAUUCAUCAUCAUCAUCUUCUUCUUCCUCUUCCUGCGAUCCCAUCAUCAUCACCACUACUUGCUUCGCUCUCGAUCGCCCAACGGCUCUGAAUGUGAAAACGAUUCGAUUGAAAGCUAAGAAAGUUCUCCAUGGCCCCUUCAAGAAAAUCUAGAAACGGAAAUAAGCAGCUUUCUAACGUUAUUGAAGUUUCUCCUAACAAACAUGGAGAACCUAUAAACAGAAGUAGGCUGAAAAAGCGGAAGUUGUCUGACAUGUUAGGGCCUCAGUGGAGUAAGCGAGAACUUGAGCGUUUCUAUGAAGCGUAUCGUAAGUAUGGGAAAGAUUGGAAGAAGGUGGCUUCUGCGAUUCGUAACCGUUCAUCUGAGAUGGUUGAGGCCCUCUAUUCAAUGAAUAGGGCAUACUUAUCUCUUCCUGAGGGUACUGCCUCAGUUGCUGGACUGGUAGCAAUGAUGACUGAUCAUUACUGUGUACUAGGAGUAAGUGACAGUGAUGAAGAGAGCAAUGAGACUGGAGGAGAAUUUCAAGAGCCUCAAAAGGGCACACGAGGAAGAUCUCAUAAUAGCACAAAUAAAGGAUUAGACAGGACUUUGCCAGAUCUUUCGCAUUUCCACUCAGCUGCAUCACAUAAUGGGGGCCUGCCAAUGUUAAAAAAAAGGCGCACAGGUAUUAUACCUCACACUGUUCGAAAAAGGACUCCUCGUAUUGAUGUAUCAAAUGCUGAUAAAGAUAGCAGGGAUGUUAAUAAUGAUGGUGUUCAUAAGCUAGCAAUGGUUCUGACGGAGGCCUCACAAAGAAGUGGUUCCCCCCAUGCUUCUUGGAGGCCUAACAGGAAAAUGGAAGGUGGUUCACCAUCACCACAUCGAGAUGGUGGUAGGAUGUGUGCUAGACCUGAAAUGAGCAGUGGACAGCUUCAGUAUGCUAAAGUUGAUGACAGGGCUAGUGGGUUUAGCAUAGGGAACACAGAAACUAAUAAUAAGGAUUGUGAGAUACCAAGAAAUCAUUUGAUGGGUAGAAAAGGUGCUGGUACAGAAUAUGGUCAAAAGAAAGGAAAGAACUAUUUUCUAAAAAAGCUAGACGAUAAAGACAAGGUAAGUGAUCAGUUGGAUGACAUAGAAGAAGAUUAUAUUGGAACAGAGAAACAAAAGUUAAGUGCUAAGGGAAGAAUUCAAACUGAGGUUGUGAAUGUGAAAAGUCCUAGGUCCAUUACUAAGGAUUCAAGGAAAAGAAGUAGAAAUUCUCUUUAUGAAGGAGAUGAGGGUUCUCCUUUUGAUGCCCUGGUAACCCUGGCAACUACGUCUUUGAUGAUGCGAGAAGAAACUGCUGAUACAGUUUGUGAUGUUGAAGAUACUAAUUCCAGAGCAUCUAAACUAGGAAAGUCCAAGGGGGGUGCCCCUGAGUUUAAUGCUGGUAUAGAGAAAAGUAAACAGAAGUUUUUCCCCUCAAAAUUGCAGCCACAUGAAAAUGAACUACAAGUUGAUCUCUGUCAGAGUGACAAUCAAAGGAUUGAGAUUAAUGACAAGGCAAAGAGGUUUAUGUGUAAAGGCAAACGCUCGUCUUAUCCUUCAAGCCUACCACGAAAACUGGCAAAGCCUUUAGAUCUUACAUAUUCAGAAAGCAGUGUUAAAGGGAAAGUGAACGACUCUGUUUUAUCAACAAGAGAAGUUCAUCCUGCAAACCAGUUGAACAUACCUACAAAAGCCCGGAGUAGACGGAAGAUGAACAAACAGAGACCAUUUAUUACAGAAGAUGUAAAUAAAACUGAGAAAGUUUUGGAUGACCGACCUAAUUUACACAUCUCUUUAUUUCGUAAUGGAAGCCAAAGUCUCAAGGAAAAACUAUCUACUUGCCUACAUCAGUAUCAGGCACGAAGAUGGUGUGCUUUUGAGUGGUUUUAUAGUGCGAUUGAUUACCCAUGGUUCGCCAAAAGUGAGUUUGUUGAGUACCUGAUUCAUGUUGGAUUAGGUCAUGUUACAAGAUUGACUCGUGUUGAAUGGGGUGUAAUAAGAAGUUCUCUUGGCAGACCACGAAGAUUUUCAGAGCAAUUUUUGAAGGAGGAAAAGGAGAAGCUUAAUGAGUACCGGGAGUCUGUUAGAGCACAUUAUGCCGAGUUACGUGCCGGCACCAGGGAAGGGCUUUCUACUGAUUUAGCUCGGCCUCUAUCAGUUCAACAACGUGUUAUUUCUAUUCAUCCUAGGACUAGGGAGAUUCAGGAUGGAACUGUGCUAACGGUUGAUGAUAGUAGGUACCACAUUCAGUUUGACAGACCUGAUUUAGGAGUUGAAUAUGUCAUGGACAUUGAUUGCAUGCCGUUAAAUCCAAUGGAGAAUCUGCCGGCAUCUUUCACAAGGCACAAUUUCAUUGUCAACAAUUGUUUUGAGACUUUUAAUGUGUGCAAAAUCAAUAAACAGCCAAAAGAAGGAAAGAGUGAUGAGCACACAAAGGUUGUCUCAAUUGGCAAUGUGGAUAACCCUGGAAAUCAUUAUGCUUCCCCAUCAACUCAUGACAUUUGUGAAGGAUUAAGGCAGAAAGAGGGAUAUGCAUCACAUUCUGAUUUACAAGCUAAACUUGUGUCCUACAAAACCACUACCCCACAAAACAAAGCAAAUUCUCAGUCUUCACCACUUGCGCAGAUUCGGGCAAAAGAAGCUGACAUACAAGCUAUUUCCGAAUUAACUGUUGCUCUUGACAAAAAGGAAGCUGUAGUGUUCAUGUUGAGGUGCAUGAAUGACGAUGUCUUGGAAAAGGAAAAGAAUGGUGACAGCUCUUUAAAGAAUUCUGAAACUUUCAAGAAGCAUUAUGCUGCUGUACUCUUGCAAUUCGACGAAGUCAAUAAACAGGUUUCUUCUGCUCUACUUGCAUUGAGAAAACGCAAUACAUAUAGUGGAUUCUCUCCUUUGGCUAGUUUAAAUGACCCUGAUGGUCGCUUAAGCUCCGCGGAUUUUUGCUCACACAAUAUCCAAGAAUGUGGGUCUCAGGUAGCUGAAAUUAUUGACACUUCAAAAAUGAAGGCCAGAAAAAUUGCUGGUAAAGCGAUGCAGGUAAUGUCUUCUUUGGAAAAGAUGGGAAAAAGCUUCAAGAGUUCUGAGGAGGCUGUAGUGUUCGUACAAAAUCAACUUUCGGAUGAGGAUUUAGAAUUAGACAUGCCAUCCACGAGAUCUUCUACAACCUACAGAGAUAAAGCUAAGGUUCAUCUCGAGCAGUCUCCAGCAACAUCAACACCUUCGGCAACUUGUCAUGCUCUUGAUCCUUCAGAACUCAUUAUAUCCUGUUUAGCUACCAUACUCAUGGUGAAGAGAUGCACAGAACGGCCAAUCCCACCGGCUGAAAUUGCCCGGGUGCUAGACUAUGCCCUCACAACUGUGCAACCGCGUUGUUCACAGAACCGUUUUGCUUAUGAGGAAAUACAGAUGUUAAUGGGCAUUAUUAGAACUAAGAUAUUUGCACUUGUGCCUACAUAAGUCGUGCUAAAUUCCCCUAUUAUUUUUCUAUCUGCACCAUAUAACAUAAUUACUACUAGGUUUACUGCAGCAAUUAUUUGUUUCUUCCCUUUUCUUCUAAUGUUUUCUAAUAAUGUUGUACAGUAUAUUAGUGCCAGUAUAUAAGAAUAAGUUGAGUUAACAGUUUUACCA